GCGGUGUACGAGUAUUUUUGAAGCAUGGAUUCGCCGCCGAGCCUGGAAACUGUUUACCAGGCCGUGUACUCUUUGUAUCGUAAUACAAACCCGGCCGAGUCAGGAAAAGCGUCGUUAUGGCUAGGAGAGUUGCAAAAAUCGGUAUUUGCAUGGAAGAUAGCUGAUGAAAUGUUGCAUCAAAAACGGAACAUAGAGUCUUGUUAUUUUGCUGCACAAACAAUGCGUACCAAAAUCCAACUGUCUUUUCAUGAAUUGCCCCAAGAAGCUCAUAUUUCAUUGAGAGAUUCAUUGAUGGAACAUAUAUCGCAAAUCAAUGAACAUACUAAUUCUGCCAUUGUUACUCAGUUAUGCUUAGCACUAGCAGACCUGGCUCUGCAAAUGUCUUCAUGGCAAAAACCAGUAGUAGAUUUAAUUAACAGGUUUGGCGUAUGCAGUGCAAAUCUCUGGCCAUUGCUUGAAAUAAUGACAGUGCUGCCAGAGGAAGUAAAUUCUAGAUCACUUAGGCUGGGAGCUAAUCAUAGACAACAUAUAUUACUCGAACUUAACGCAAGUGCAGAUACUGUGACAGAAUUUCUGAAAAUGUGCUUAAAAGAUGGCGGUGAUAAUGUACAAAUCCGAGUCACUAUUUUGCGAUGUUUUACUAGUUGGAUAACUGUCCAUGCAAUACCGCUCGAAGCUGUACCCUCGAGCGAUGUAGUCGCUUAUGCUUUGCAAAUACUAGGCAAUCACAUGGCUGGCUCCCAACUGCACGAAGUGGCCACUGACUGCAUCUGCGUAAUUUUGCAGGCGCUAGGAGAGGAGAGCAGUACCAAUCGCGGUAGUGACAACGAACUAAGCGUGCAAUUGCAACAGCUGCAAUUGUGUCUUUUUACAAGUGUAAUGAAUUUAGAACAACCAUAUCACUUAUCUGUUGCCCACGAAGACAUGGAAAAAUCUAUCAAUUAUUGUCGAAUAUUCACGGAGUUGGCCGAAACGUUUCUAGAAACUAUGAUAAUAGGUAGUGAGAAUGAAAAGCAGCAUUAUGCUAUAAAGAUUUUAGACCUUGUUCUCACAUGCGUUGGUCAUCACGAUUAUGAGGUCGCGCAAAUAACGUUUAACCUCUGGUAUCGGCUGUCGGAAAUUCUUUAUCAGAAAAAUUACGACGAUCUUAACGCCGUAUUCCGGCCGCAUAUCGAGAGACUAAUCGCUGCCCUCUGCAGGCACUGUCAAAUGGAACCGGACCAUUUGGGUCUCGUGGAAGAAGGCGGAGGUGGAGAAGAGUUUGCCGACUUCAGAAAUCGCGUGUCGGACUUGAUAAAGGACGUGGUGUUCGUAGUCGGGAGUAGCACCUGUUUCCGACAAAUGUUCUCGUCACUGACUGGAGGCCCCGGGCCGCAGGGUCAACCUAUAAACACGCCUACGUGGGACUCGACUGAGGCUGCGCUCUUUGUAAUGCAAGCGGUGGCAAAGAACAUCCUGCCAGAAGAAAAUGAUGUAGUACCAAAAGUGGUGGAAGCUAUUCUUAAUUUACCAGAAAACACGCAUAUAGCCGUGCGAUACACCAGCAUUCUCCUGUUAGGCGAGCUAUGCGAAUGGAUAGAUAGGCAUCCGCAAUCGUUAGAGCCAGUGUUAAAUUUCCUCUUAGCAUGUUUAAAUCAAACGGGUUUAGGAACCGCCGCCUCGGGUGCGCUAUUGAGCAUAUGCUCAGCUUGCCCAUUGCACAUGGCGUCGCACUUUUCCGGACUGUUGCAAAUAGCACGUUCGCUCGACAACUUUCCUAUCAGUAAUGACGCAGCCAUUGGCCUUCUGAAAGGAGUAUCGAUAAUUUUGGCAAGGUUACCGCCCGAGGAAAUCACACCGGCGAUGAAGGAACUGUGCUGCUUUCAAGCAAGCUCGUUGUGGGCGCUUCUCACGGAUAAAAUUCCAAUCGAGAGAGGAACAAAGACUGAUCCUGUGAUAUGGUUGGAUAGAUUAGCUGCUAUAUUUAAGCACACUAAUCCUCAAAUCGAUGAUUCGAAUAAACCUCAUCCUUGUCAGAGCGUAAUCACCGAAAUGUGGCCAGUAUUGUCAAAUGUGUGCGAGGUGUAUCAACGAGACGUGAGAGUUAUGGAGAGAUGUUGCCGUUGCAUACGCUUUGCAGUGCGCUGCGUAGGCAAACAUUCUGCGCAUCUGCUCGACCCGAUUGUGAAGCAGAUCGUACUGCUGUACAACGUACAGCAACAUAGUUGUUUCUUGUAUCUCGGCUCUAUAUUGGUGGACGAGUACGCGACCGACUCGGAAUGCAUAUGGAACUUGUUAAAUAUGUUACAAGCUUUUAUUUGUCCCACCUUCGCUCUGCUCGAACAGGAAGACGGCUUGAAAAAUCACCCUGACACGGUGGACGAUCUGUUUAGGCUGUGUGCCAGAUUUCUUCAAAGAGCUCCUAUCCCUUUAUUACAUUCUGCCAUUAUUGGGAGCAUCGUAGACUGCGCUAUAAUGGCGUGCAGCCUGGAUCACAGGGACGCGAAUAGUUCAGUAAUGAAGUUUUUCUACGAUCUUUUACACAGCGGUCGCAGCUGUAAGGAUCGGUCAGAUUACACGAUACGGCGACAACUGGUGCAAAAUAUAUUGCAAGAGAAAGGCCAAACAUUAGUCAUAAAAUUGCUGCACGCCUCCGUAUUUGAUUUGUCUUCUUACAUGCUGUCCGACGUGGCGGAUGUCAUUAUCGAACUUACGCGAAGUCACACAGAUCUCAUGUCAAAGUGGUUGGAAGAAGCUAUCAAAACGAUGCCAUCGCAAAACGCAGGUGGAGCACCGACGGCCAUGCCCGAACAGCUACUUGAAUUUCAUAGUACAGUCACGAGGUCAGAAACACCGAAGACCGUCACACACGCUCUACGAAAUUUCGCGCGCCUGUAUCGCUAAUGCGUUUUAAUGUACAUUUACUUUAGUAAAUUACCCCAAAAUUAUGCAUUUUUGCUAAAGAUCUUCCAGCGAAUUUCGAUGUUGCGACUCUCAAACAUCUCGGGACAUCAAAAUAUGGACAUGGUGAAUUUCGACACAGUAGAAUAUACCAAGAGAAGAGUACCAAGGUUUUUUAUAUGUGCUUACUAUCUAUAGCUACAUUUGCAAAGUAUAUCGACACGUUAUACGUCGUUUAUUUUUUUUUCCAUAAAUAUCACUUUUACACGUAUAUCAAAAUUCUUUAUAUUUCUUUGUAUAGAUAUUUUUAGCGGAGUUCUUUAAUUGCUCCGUAAGUGAUGUUUAUAUAUUACCUAUUAUUAGGUAUGAAGCAAUAUUUAUAUACGUAUUAAGAAAAAACGUUUUUGAGUUUGAUAUAUUAAUGAAGAACUUUGAACAAUUUUAUAUCAAAUGCAAAAAUUAAAUACUUUGCGGAUAUGCUAUACAUAGUAAACAAGAUAUCUUGAAAACAUGUGUGUGCUGAUGAUCUUAUUUAUAAACUGACUGGAUUAUACUGAGUUAUUGUAUUUAUGCAUAAAUAUUUUUUGCAAACUGACAUUUGCAAGGAUUUGCUAGUAUUUUUAUUUUUAAAUGUCUUAACUGUUUCGGCAUCCUUACGUUUGCUCGAGGCAAAAUGAUAAAAUUUUCAUUACAAUUCAUAAUUAAUGACAUUUGUCUAAUCAGUAGAGAGCACACACUUGAAAGCAACUGUAAUUUUUAUAGUUAAACAUUUGUAAAUGUAUUAUGAUAUCUCACAAAGAAUAGAAACUUCGAAAAGUCACGUGCACAUAUUUUAAUCAAGAGUGCAAAAAUCAAUCGUUUCGGACCGUUGUUAUUUUUUAAUUAAUAUUGUAAACUUGUAAAACAUUAUUGGACACAUUUCUAAAUUGAAGAAUAAUUAUUACCUUCACACCAAUUUUUCAGACUCUUAAGUUCAUUUAUAGAUGAUUUUGAUUGAAGUCUAUUGUAGUAUCAUAGCAAAGAAAAUCUUGCAAUUAUAUCAAUAUGCACGGAUGCAUCAUUGCAUCUCAAAUGUGAGAAUUAAUGAGCGAAUUAAUUUCUAUUUCUAGGAAUUUAUACAAAUUUUUCCAUGUUUGCAUAUAUAUAUAUAUAUAUAAAGUGCAGUCUCUAGUAUUUUUAAAUGUACUCUAAUGUGUGUAAUAUAAUAACAGACAUAUAAGUGGCAUACACCUUGCUGUGUUACUGCAAUACGUAAGGGAUGAUAAUUAUACAAUCGUUAUCGUAUCUAUAAAUGAGGACAAUUGUUAUCGCCUAAUUUUACGCCUGAUUCUGACGUUAAUUGUACAAAUAGUUUACGUACGACAGAUAUAAGAUACUGCUUUUCUUUUCUUCGCGGAGUGUUAAUGUACAGAACGAAGUAAUUGUGCUUAGGCGUAAGAAAUGAUGGAGAACGAAAUGUUUGUAACGUACCACGGCGUACGAUAUAACGCAUUGAUGUUGAAGCUCGUUCAACCUCGACGAGUAUUCCUACGAGUACUUGUUCGAUGUAGCAUUUACGAUGAGCGUUGAUCGUCGUUUUGUUUCAUAGUAUCGGUAAUUUACUUCGAUGAAAUCUUGAAUAAUAAAGUGAUAUUUUUUACCG